CUCUGCUUCUUGCACUUCAUCUUUUGUUGACUUUGACAUUCAAAUAAGCCGAAAAGAUGAAGCACGACGAGCUCGAGGCCGUUUCCGGCAAGCUGUCCGGCGAUUUCCGCACCAUUGAGCCUUUCAUGCGGGAUCUAGACAAGCACCUGACUCUCCGAUCCUACCUUGAGGGCUACGCUCUGGGAGAGCUCGAGACCAAGAUCUGGCAGACUCUGAGGGCUAACAAGGUUGCCAUUGGUGCCAUUCGACGAAAUGGACUUCCCAACCUGACUCGAUGGUUCACUUUCAUCGAGCAGUCUCACCCUGAGAUCCAGGAGGCCACCAAGGCCGAAGCUGCGGCCAAGGCUAACAAGGGCGGCGCCAACUACAACCUCGCUCUUCAAGACACUGACAAGGGCGUCAUUACUCGAUUCCUCCCCGAGCCUUCUGGCUACCUUCACAUCGGACACGCCAAGGCUGCCCUUCUCAGCGACUACUUUGGCCAUACUGCCUACAAGGGCCAGAUGCGCCUGCGAUUGGACGACACGAACUCCGACAAGGAGAAGGAGGAGUUCCAGGAUGCCAUCGUCCUUGACUUGGCUCUCAUGGGCAUCAAGCCCGACAGCUUGACCUACACCUCCGACUACUUCGACUAUCUCUACGAUAUGUGCAAGAAGCUGAUCACCAUGGGCAAGGCGUACGCCGAUGACACUGAUCAGGAGACAAUGCGCGCCCAGAGAAUGGACGGUAUCCCCUCAAAGCGCCGUGAGAGAACCGUCGAGGAGACUCUCCGAAUUUUCGAAGAAAUGAAGAAUGGCACACCGGAGGGUGUAGCACACUGCAUUCGCGCCAAGUUAUCUUACGACAACCCCAACAAGGCCAUGCGCGAUCCUGUCAUCUACCGAUGCAACGUGGACACACCUCACCACCGUACCGGCACAAAAUGGAAGAUGUACCCCAUGUACGACUUUGCCUGCCCCGUGGUCGACAGCCACGAGGGAGUCACUCACGCUUUGAGAUCUACCGAAUACACGGACCGAAACCCCCAGUACCAGUGGUUCAUCGACACCCUUCAGCUGCGUCAGGUCCACAUGUGGGAUUUCUCCCGAAUUAACUUUGUCAAGACUUUCUUGUCCAAGCGUAAGCUGGCCAAGCUGGUUGAUGCUGGAAAGGUUUGGGGCUGGGAUGAUCCCCGUAUGCCCACUAUUCGAGGUAUCCGAAGACGUGGAAUGACCAUUGAGGCUCUGCGAGACUUUAUCAUCAAGCAAGGACCCAGCCGAAACGUUGUCAACAUGGACUGGACUACUUUCUGGGCCAACAACAAGAAGGUGAUCGACCCUAUCGUGCCUCGAUUCACAGCUCUCCUGAGCAAGGACUUGGUCAAGGUUACGGUUGCCGGAUCUGAGGCGCCUUCUGCCGUUACUGUGGAGGAGCGACCAAAGCACCCCAAGAACGCAAGCGUCGGCCUGAAGAAGGUCAUUUUCUCGCCUACUCUCUACAUCGACCAGGCCGAUGCCAAGAGCUUCAAGGCGGACGAGGAAAUCACCCUUAUGGGCUGGGGCAACGCCUUUGUCAGAGAUCUCUCAUCUUCGGCUGAGCCGGUUACAAGCCUGAAGCUUGACCUCAACUUGAAGGGAGAUUUCAAGACUACCGAUAAGAAGAUUACUUGGCUCUCUGCUGAGGGCUUCAAGCUGGUUCCUGCCGAGCUGUGGGAGUUUGACUACCUCCUGACCAAGGAUAAGCUUGAGGAAGAGGACAACUUUGAGGAUUUCUUGAACCCCAACACUGCGAGCAUGGAGGAUGCCGUUUGCGAUGCUGGCGUUGGUGAAUUGAAGGCGGAUGACAUUAUUCAGCUUGAGCGUAGAGGAUUCUACAGAGUGGACAAAGGCAUGAAUGACUGGGCGCCUGGUGAGGCUGGGUUGAAGGGACCGAGAGUUGUUCUGUUUAGCAUUCCUACUGGAAAAACUGGUCCUAAAUAAGUUCUAGCAGAAAAAUAAAAAGCAAGGUCGGAUCUA